AUGUCGGCUGUCGACGACGAGAUUCCGUCCCCGGAUACUUCCCUCUCCCACAAGCUCACCUCCAAAACGGAGCUCCUCAACCUCAAGCUCUACGUCGUCAUCGCCAUCCUCCUUGCCGCCAUCCUCGCCGCUUUCCUUCUCGUCUUCCUCUGCCUCCGCGCGCGUCGCCUCUCCCGCCGCAUGCGCGUGAAACACAGCUCCGGCUCCAUCCCUCUCGUCUCCAAAGAGAUCGCCGAGAUCAAGGAGCCGCAGCCUCGUCCGGAUCCUCCUCCUCCUUCCGCCGCCGCUGAGGGUAAAACCGGAAACGAAAAGUCCAAGGGAGCUGAUGUGUUACCGAGUUUGGAUGUUGAGAAGGGGAAAGAGAGGAGCCGAGAGGGUGACGUGUUCGGGUGGGGCCGGUGGUAUAGCCUGAAAGAGCUGGAGGAUGCGACACGUGGAUUCUCGGCAGAGAAUGUGAUUGGAGAAGGCGGAUACGGCGUCGUUUACCGGGGAGCCUUGCAGGACGGCUCUGUUGUCGCCGUCAAGAACCUUCAUAAUAACAAGGGUCAAGCUCAGACAGAGUUUAAGGUGGAAGUGGAAGCCAUAGGAAAAGUAAAGCAUAAGAACUUGGUUGGUCUAAUUGGUUAUUGUGCAGAAGGUGCUCAAAGGAUGCUUGUAUAUGAAUAUAUUGACAAUGGGAAUUUGGAGCAGUGGUUGCACGGUGAUGUUGGGCCUGUCAGCCCUCUGACUUGGGAUAUCAGAAUGAAGAUAGCCAUUGGAACGGCAAAAGGGCUGGCCUAUUUGCAUGAAGGGUUAGAACCCAAAGUGGUGCACCGUGAUAUAAAAUCCAGCAACAUUCUUCUGGAUAGAAAGUGGAACCCAAGAGUGUCAGAUUUUGGUUUGGCCAAGCUCUUGGGACCCGAGAAAAGUUAUGUGACUACACGUGUAAUGGGGACAUUCGGAUAUGUUUCUCCAGAGUAUGCAAGUACAGGUAUGCUUAAUGAGGGGAGUGAUGUAUAUAGUUUUGGUGUUCUACUUAUGGAGAUAAUUACAGGGAGAAGCCCAAUUGACUAUUCCAGACCAGCUGGAGAGAUGAACCUGGUUGAUUGGUUUAAAGGAAUGAUCUCAAGUCGCCGUGGGGAGGAUAUUUUAGAUCCAUUGAUAGAAGUUCAGCCCCCUCCAAGAGCUUUGAAGAGGGCAAUGUUGGUUUGUCUCCGCUGUAUAGAUUUAGAUGUCCAUAAGCGACCAAAAAUGGGGCAAAUUGUUCAUAUGCUCGAGGCAGAAGACUUUCCUUAUCGUUCGGAUACCCGAUCAGCUCGAUAGAUAGGAAGAUCCUUUCCCUUCCCAUGCAGUUGAAACCAAUAAUGUCCAAUACCUGUCCAACUAAUGCUGGGUAGUAAAGCAAGAGUCUGAGGUGGAGAUCACUCGUUUUUUUUUGCUGAUAAGUGGUACAGUUCCUGAGGCCGUUCACUAUAUCAUGAUUCAUGACCCUCCAUUAU